GAGCCAAUCGAAGGCCUCUUACCUGGCGUAUCGCCGAGAACGAGGAGCGCCCGACACCGAGGGCAGUUACAAGAGAACCAUGUCACCGACGUCUCGGCUAGAGGACUGGCCACCGCCGCGGGAUCACGACGAUCCGGUUCUUCUGCGCGUCACGCCUCAUCAUCCGUUGCAGCACCAUCACCAUCACCAUCACAACAAUCACCAUUCGCAGCAGCCGGAACUUUCCAAGUCUCACAGCGUGGACGCUCUUCAUCAUCGUUUGGAGGAACGGUCUGCGCAGCAGCAACAGCAGCAGCAACAACAACAACAACAACAGCAGCAACAACAACAACAGCAGCAGCAACACUCGACAGAAGUGAUCGGAAAAUUGUCGCACGAUUUGAACAAGAAACUGCAGGCAAGCGAGGCGAGAUCGCGAACCAGCGAGAAUAAUAAUAACGAUAACCUGGAGGAUCGACAUCAACAGCAUCACCACCACCACCAUCAUCAUCAUCAUCAUCAGGAGAAGAGGCACGAUUAUGAGCAACGUAGGGAACGGCUGUCGCCCCAGAGCGUCGAGGUCCUUAACGACAGGAACCGACAGCUGGAACGCGAACGCAGGAAGCUGGCGGCCAGUUGCGAACCCCUACUUCAAAACAGAGAGAGUCGGAGCAUGGACGUGUCCUCGUCGGUCGAAGAGGACUUCUUCCGCGAACGAAGCGCCACUAUCGAAAUGACUUCGCAGAACAUCGAGCUGCUCAAUCGCCGUAACGAGAAGAGAACGAACGCCACGUCGACCAACGCGAUCACUGCCUACAUCACCACGUCGUCGACGUCUACGAUCACGGCGGACAGCUGUUGGCCACGAGGUCACGAGGUUCACAGUUCCAUCGAGGCAUCGCCGCCUGUGUCGGACAGGCCUCCAGCUCCGACCAAUUCGCCGCCGAGGACGCCGGAUCAGACGGAGGGAGACAGUUCGAGAGGCGCGGUGCGCAGACGAUCCGAAAGCUGCUCCAGCUCCUCGUCCGGUAGAUCGUCGGAUCCUAGAAUUUCGCCGCGGAUUCUGUCCAACAGCUUGUUGUUCUCCAAGAGCGAGAGCUCCUCUCCCAGCAACAGAAAGGUCUCCAGUCCCACUCAAACGGACAACACCGGUUCCUGCAACAGAGGAUCCAGCUCGCCCGUUCGUCCGAGCCAAACGAACGAGAUUGAGCUGAGAGUGGAGAGGACUUGUCCGUCGAGUAAGUCGAGAUCCGGCGGCAGGUCCUCGACCUCCUCGAUCUCGAGCGCGUCAAAAGCCUCCUCAUCGUCGUCGUCGUCGUCGUCGUCGAGGAAUUCCCCGGUCGAGGAAGACAGGUCGUCACCGUGCAUGUCGCCUCAGCCGGGAAUAGAGGGGCUGACUUUGGUGCAACGUACGGAGGUUGUCCUUCGAGUGAACGCUGCCACCAGCGACGCUGCCUCGCAGACCGACAUGUUGGAUCAGACGGAGCCCGAAGCAACGGCCAAGACUCAGGAAAUUCCUCCCUGCAGGAAGAAACUGCCAGAAGAGAUCGAAUGCGAGGAACUCGGCAGGGACUUGGCGAGCCAGCUGAGUCCGAACGACAAGCUGGUACCUCUCUUAGCGCCGGAGCACAAAAAACCUACCGACUACGUUACCGGACUGUUCAGGGUGGAGGCGACCUUGCAGCCGCGACCUAGGCGCCGACUUUCCCUCGAGGAACCAACGACCCCGUGCUCCGACAGCGGAGACGACGAGAAAAAACACGAGACGAUACCCUCGACUCCGGUCACUCCGUUAUCGACGGACUCGACCAGUCCUCUGUCGCCGACGUCGGCCUACUUCACCACGUCCGAGGGCAAAGCGAGGUUCCUCACGAGAUACUCGCGCGAAGUGACGGUCGAGGGAUUGACGCGGCAGGAAGACUCGCCGCCUGUCAUUCCCACCGACAGCCUUGAUCUCAGACAGAAAAAGGAGGAGCUGAUGAUGAGGCUGGACAAGAAGUUGGUGGUCCUAAGAGCCGAGCAGGAAGCGGUGCGCGAGGAAGGAGAGGUGAACGAGGCGUUAGGGGCGCGAGUUGCCACGAGGAUCUCCGCGGUCGCGAGACCAGCGGAAGCUUCCAAGUAUCGACUGCACGUGGAGGAAGUGGGCAAGAUCACGAGUCUUCUCCUUGGCCUGAGCGGCAGGUUGGCUCGAGCUGAGAACGCUCUUUAUGGAAUGCCGGCCGAUCACGCGGAAAGGAAAAUCCUGGAGGGCAAGAGGGACAAGUUGCUGGAUCAGCUGGAGGAGGCGAAAGUUUUGAAGAGCAACAUCGACAAGCGUAGCGUAAACGUAUCGACCAUCUUGUCGAAGUACCUGAACGAAGAGGAGUUCGCGGAUUAUCAACACUUCAUCAACAUGAAGGCGAAACUGAUCGUGGACGGGCGUGAGAUCCAGGACAAAGUGAAGCUCGGGGAGGAGCAGCUAGCCGCGCUGAGGGAAGCGAUCGACUAGUCGUAAAACAAAUGCGAGCCCUCAGAUCGCGAUCUGAGCUGAGGGACGCGUGAUUAUUACACGUGAUAACGCGUGUUCCCUCGAGCAUGAUGUGGUUUCUUUUUACGAUAAGAAGGAGCAUGUGAACAGAUCCAGCGUAUCUUUCAACCAUCGAAUUUUUUAAACGAUCCUGCGAACGCGUGUGUUCGAGUCGAUGAAUGGAACGUGAUAUCCCUAGCGUGUAGGUGUAUCGGUAGCUUGAAAUCGUUCUUUUUCUUUCUCCUUAGAAGCACGCAUGUUCGUUGUACAUAUCCUUCGAGUCCUAGACGGACCGAACGUCUUUCCAUUAGUGGAAGAAUAUCUUUAUGCGAAAACCAAGUCAACGAUGGCACGGCGACGGAUGAUCUUGAAAAUCCAGAGACGGCCUCGAGUGGCUACUCGUUGUUAAAUUCACACAUUGAUCAUAUAGCGUGGCAGAGAUUGAGAAUCGUGUGUGGCAAUGAGUGCCACGAAUGGGUACACGUUGCGUUGAUAAAGCAACGAACUACGAAAGAGUAAAGAUUUGUUUUUUCGUGUAUGUAUCGUUUUUUUUUUUUCUUUUUAAAAUUAUGUGAUACAAAAUUGAUCAUUAACGAUCAAAUUUAUUCGAUCCGAGUGGAAUUUCCGGUUAACGUGUUUUUUUUUUUUUUUUUUU